AUGGCUACCCUUGCAGAGGAGCUUUUCAACGACUUCGCUGACUCUGGCUCGGAGGCCGACGAGACUCAGCAAGAUGGCAAUGACGCACUGGGUCUCGACCUUGCGCCCCAGACGGUCAAUCACAGCUCGUCAAACGACAUGGACUUAGACGCAGAUGAUAGCGAAGCUGCUGCAGAUGACGAUGCGAUGGCUGGCGUCAGUAAAGGCACCGUCGACACUGUCGAGGACGCUGAGGAUGCCAAGUCCAAGGUUGAGAAGAUGCAACUAGGCGGCGUGAGCGAUGUUCGCAGUAUUGCCAGUCUCAUGCAGACCCUGGAACCCGUUCUAGAGGUUAGUACACACCCACAGAACACGUCUGGCUCUAUUGAAGCAGUGUUUACAUCUCGUUUUCGGAGAACUAGCCCUGACUUCGUACCUCGAAUGCUGCAGAGAAUCGCACACUACCAGUCGCAACCUACUCCGACUCAGCUGAUUGGCAAUAUCGAAGAUCACCCCGAAUACCAUCUCCUGACACAAUCGAAUAGUUUGUCGACGCUUAUCGAUAGCGAAAUCGUUCUUGUCCACAAAUUCAUUAGAGAUCACUACUCGAUUCGGUUCCCCGAACUCGAAACGCUCAUCACCAACCCGCUAGAGUACGCCAAGGUCGUGGCCAUCUUAGGAAAUGGUCCCCUCGAUUCGGAGAACAUCAAGACUUUGCAGCAUUCUACAGACAAUCCUCUUGAGGCAUCACUUCGUUCGGUACUCGAUGGUCCAUCCCUGAUGAUCGUGACGGUGGAGGCCACGACGACCAAAGGUCGUGAGAUGUCUCUUGAUGAUCUCACGCGAGUGCAGAGAGCAUGCGAGAUGGUGUUGUCCUUGGACAGGGCGAAGAAGACUCUUACAGAAUACGUUCAGUCGCGCAUGAAUCUUUUCGCGCCGAAUUUGACUGCGAUGAUCGGGUCUUUGACUGCUGCGCAGCUAUUGAAUGCUGCUGGAGGGCUAACGGGUCUGUCCAAGACGCCCGCAUGCAAUAUUGCUGCCUGGGGGUCGAAGAAAGGAGCCGGCGCAGCCGGUCUGGCUACCAACAUUGGCAUUCGUCAACAGGGAUUUCUCUAUCACUCUCCUAUUAUUCAAGGCAUUCCCAACGACCUCAAGAAACAGGCCAUGCGUAUUGUCGCAGCGAAGCUUCUACUCGCUGCUCGUGUAGACCGAGUUCACUCUAGUCCCGACGGCUCGACAGGCGAAGAGCUCAAGGGCCAUUGUCUCGAGCGACUAGAGAAGCUCACGGAACCACCUCCCAACAAGGGCCCCCGAGCGCUUCCGGUCCCUGACGAUAAACCAUCGCGCAAGCGUGGAGGAAGAAGAGCUAGGAAGGCCAAGGAGGCUACGGCCAUGACGGAGCUACGCAAGGCGCAGAACAGGAUGGCAUUUGGUAAAGAGGAGAGAGAAGUCGGUUAUGGCACGGGAGAGGGCACUGCAGGACUCGGUAUGAUCGGCCAGGCCAAUGACGGCAGAAUUCGCAACCUGCAAAUCGACCAGCGGACGAGAGCAAAGCUCAGUGCGAAGAACAAGGGUUGGGGCGGCGCAACUUCGCUGAACGGGGCAGCAUCGUCCCUUCGAGGGUUCGGGCAAGCAAACUCCAACAUCGACCUUCGUGGGAAGGGUCUCAGGACGUCAGGUGUCGGCACAACGCUGGGUGCGCCUACGGGCACAGCGUCGUCACUGGCCUUCACUCCUGUGCAGGGUCUAGAGCUCGUCGAUCCCAAAGUCCAGGCUGAACUCAGUCGAAAGCGGAAGGCCGAGGAGGACCGAUGGUUCAAGGGAGGAACCUUCACGCAAGUUGCUGGCUCAUCCAAUGGAGGCUUCAAGAAGCCCGACCUGCCUCCCAGCAAAAAGGUUGACACUGGUGCAGGUAAAAUGGGACCUCCACCUCCGCGGAGCGGCUGA